AUAAAAAUGAAGCUGUGACCUAACCAAAGUCACAAACAAGUAGCCUCAAUCACAAUUCUGACGAUCCUUUCCCUUCCCUUCCAAAAAUCAAUGUCAUUUCGAUUAAAUUUGAAUUGAAGUCAAUCCUAAUUCGCUCUCUGUUUAUAUUUCUUCACUUUUUUCAAAUUCAAAAUUUCCAUUUCCAAUUUCACACGUCAAGAAUCUCAAGAAAAUCAUACACAAACUGUUCAAUUUUUAGAGAUUGAACCAAAAAAUACAAAGAAGAAGACGAAGAAUGAGACGAGGAGCUGCAUUAAGUGCGGCGGGGAAGCAGGCGGAGCAGUUGAAAACCGACGGUAAUAGCUAUUUUAGAAAAGAACGAUUUGGUGCUGCUAUAGAUGCUUAUACUGAGGCAAUCACUUUGUGCCCUAAUGUGCCUGUUUAUUGGACCAAUCGGGCUUUAUGCCACCGGAAACGCAAUGAUUGGGAAAGAGUUGAAGAGGAUUGUCGAAAAGCGAUUCAGCUUGACAACAAUUCUUUCAAGGCGCAUUAUAUGUUGGGGCUUGCAUCAAUGCAGAAGAAUGAAUUUGCUGAAGGAGUAAAGGAAUUGCAAAAGGCUUUGGAUCUUGGUAGGGGUGCAGACUUAACGAGUUAUAUGGUAGAAGAGAUCUGGCAGGAACUAGCUAAAGCAAAAUACAUGGAGUGGGAGCAAACAUCUACUAAGCGUUCAUGGGAACUCCAAAGCUUGAAAGAAGCAUGUGAUAAUGCUCUUAAGGAAAAAUGUUUCCUAGAUAAUGGCCAAACAGAAGGAUUCUUGGAUGACAUGAAUGCUGCCCAUUCGAAACAAUUGGAAGAUUUAGGACGCGUGUUUAAUAAAGCUGCCGAGGAUGAUAUUCCGGCCGAGGUUCCUGAUUACCUAUGUUGUAAAAUUACACUUGAUAUUUUCCGUGAUCCUGUCAUCACUCCGAGUGGUAUUUCAUAUGAAAGAGCAGUCAUCCUUGAGCAUCUUCGGAAGGUGGGCAAUUUUGAUCCAGUCACACGGGAACCUCUAGCUCCAUCUCAGUUAAUUCCAAACUUGGCGAUAAAGGAAGCAGUUCAAGCAUAUCUGGACAAACAUGGCUGGGCUUACAAGGUAGGUUCAGGUUAAUUUUUUAAGGUUGCUCAUAGACAUUGAUAAUAGUAAUAGCAAAGCUCAUUCUAUCAAAGAUUAAAAAAAAACACUUUUUGCUAGCAUUUCUUGUGCGCAUCAUAUUCCGAAUGUAACUUUUUGUACGUGCUUCAAAGUGCGGUAUAUGAUGCCAUCUUAGUUGUACGAGAA